AGUUUCCUCCCACCUUUGAAUCAGAAAUUAGAAACAUAUUAUAAACCAUGAUGAGGCCUGGGGAUCCUGAUCAUCAUGAAUUCAUGAGGCCGGACCUGUAUAAUCCACCAUGCACAGGGAUGAAGCACAUGACCUUCUUCUGGAGCAAUAACGCCGAGAUUCUCUUUUCCGGCUGGCCCGGCACUAGCCCUUCCAUGUACUUACUAGCUCUGAUUGUCGUCUUUGUGCUAGCUUUCUCUGUCGAGUGGCUCUCUCACUGCCGGGUCAUGAAGCCCGGCCCCACCAAUCUGUCUGCCGGUAUGGUUCAGACCCUUGUGCACUUGCUGAGGAUGGGUCUCGCGUAUCUUGUUAUGCUGGCCAUCAUGUCCUUCAACGUUGGUGUGUUACUGGUGGCGGUGGCCGGCCAUACUCUGGGAUUUAUGCUCUUUGGCAGCAGAAUUUUCAAGAAACCAUCAUCGCCGCCCCUGGCUACAACAAAAACGUCCGAUCUUCCUCCUUCUGCUUGUUAAAUAUUGGGUGGAAGUAUAAUUUAAUAAUUAAAUUACAUAUAUAAUUAAGCUUUAUUUUCUUUUAAUGCCUUCUCUUGGAUUUUGUUAAUUUGAAUAAUAAUUUGUAUUUCAGUGUGCUCGAAUGAUUUUUAAUUUCAAUGCGUAUUGUGGGCUUAAACGUAAGAUUUUCUUACUUAUGUAGAUGUGGUAUGGUUAUUGCUAAUAAAUAAAUUUUUAUAUU